UCUCUUUUGCACAGAAUUAAGAAGAUAUAGGAGGAGAGGAGAGGAUCGUUCAUCCCUCAAAAAGUCUUGAAAGGAUUCUAUAGUGAGAAUCAGUUGAUGAGAGGUUAGCUUGCGUGAAUGGAUAAUUCCAGGGAAGCUCGAAAAUCAUCAUCGACCUCCAUGGCUGCUUCAAAUGGAGUAACAAAACGGAGACAAAGAUUCUCAGAGAGUAGUCGUGGGCAGGAGGUGAGGGAUCGAGCGGAGAAGAAAGAGAGAGAUCCGGAGUCGGUGAAUCGGAGUAAGAGGAGGCGGAGUGAAAGGUCCGUACGGAGAAACGAGAGAGAUAGCUCGGAUGAGAGUAUGGGAGAUGACGACGACGUUAAGCAUAGGUAUCAAAGGAAGAGCUUGCCGUUCGCCGAUGGAAUGAUCGGCGUACCUGUCCCAAGAAAGGCUCGUUCAGCAUGUAUAAAGAGGUCACAUGACUGCCGGACAUCGUCUGGAAGCGGUGGUGGCGGAUUUGGAGAAGAUCGCCGAGGACCUCCGACUUCUCCGGGAUUCGAAGUUGCCUCACCCUCUUCUUCAACUGUUUCCGUCAAGCAGAAGAAGAAGAAGAAGAAGGUAAACGGAGCCAAAUCCGGGAUACCGAAGCCACCGAAAUCCUCGGGUACGAUGGAGAUGGAGAUGGAGGACGACUUGGAGAUUGAAAUAGCUGAGCUUCUAUCCGGACUGAAGCAACAACACCCUCACCGCUCUAAGAUACAAGACGAAUCGGAGAAUCCCCUUUUUAUAUCAUCGGAGGUUAAAGAUUUGAAAACCGAAGGUGCUGAUGAUUCUUCCGGAGGUUGUAAAGCUGAGCACUCAGCCAACAUUGAUAAGGAGAAAGAAGUAAGGCCCAGCGUAUUGGAUAAGCAGAGCCAAGAUUCUGCCGCAUCAAAAGGAGUAUUAUUGGAGGGUCCACAACUGGAAAACUAUAGAGACAGCAAGAGUAGUAGUAAUUGUUGUGCUAGUAAGCUCGAGAUUGAUCUCAUGGUUACUCCAACUGUUCCUUCCUCACCAGAAAGACUUUCUCUUCUUCCUUUGGCCUCUCAUUCUACUGCUUCUAAAGUUUGUUGCAAGCAAGACGGUUCUGUCAAGAGCAAAGAGAAGAUUGUUGUCGAGAAACGCGAAUGCUUGAAUCUUGGUCUGGAGAGACUGAGCCAAGAGAUCAGCAGAGAUUCUUCUAGCCUUAGAUUACAUAAUUUAGAUCGGAACCAACCUCAGCCGGCUAAAUCUGCUCAGCAGAGUUCAGUCUUACCUUUGACUGUAGCUGUAGGAGGCUUGCCUAGUGGCCUUCCUCAUCAGGGCAUUGGCAGAUAUGUACCACUGAUGCAGAAGGGUAAACCUGUGGAUGGUGAAUCUUAUACAUGUGUGCAGCCUAGGCCUAAAAGGUGCGCCACACACUUUUUCAUUUCCCGGAACAUUCAGCUACAUCAGCAAUUUGUCAAAUCAAACCAUCUUCCUCAGCCAAACAAAGAUUCUGUAUAUCUGAAAGGUGGUGACUUGAGGCCAACCGCUGGAAACCCAUCCUUGGGAGAAAGCCUUCCUAUUCUCAGUUUAAACUCACAGGCACAAGAUAGAUUUGUGGUUAAAGCCUCUGAAAGUGGUCAUUUUGCUUCAACCAGACAGAAAAAACCUCAACCACCCUCUGCAUCUAGUAGUGUAGUGCCUGCUCAAGCUUUCAUCUUCCCAACAAACCACCAUUUGCAACCGGUCAUUUUACCUUCGAAGUCAUCUCGUCCAACAAAUAAUAAUCCUUGUGUGGCUGUCGGCACAGCAUCUGUUAAUAUUAACCAUCCAAGUUCAUCAGCCUGCGAAGCUUCUUCUCCAUACUUUACAGUUCUUUCCAACAAUGCAUACUCCUUUCAACUGACAUCAACCAUCAGAGGUGGGACUCCAAGCCAACAGUUGCCUUUCUUCAAUGGGUCCUUUUAUUCGCCGCAGAUGUUCCAACCUUCCCAGCUUCUGCAGAAUCAGACCCAAGGCCAAAGAGAGACAAAGGCAGCAAGCUGUUCCUCAUCAUCGCAUAGGCAACUGCAACCGCAAGUUAGUGUGAAUAGCGUUUCAGGCCAAGCUAAUGUUCAGAAACACAGUCAACAAUCUCAAAGGUCUGAGGCCAAAGCUGCUGGAGAUAACUCAGAUUCAAGGGGUAGCCACACUCAUAAAGGAGGGCCAUAUGGCCAAAUCAUGACUGCUCCUAUGCAGCCACAAAACUUUUCCAUGUCAUUUGCCUCUUUCGCCGGUGGUUCUGCCCCUGCAAAUCUGAAUUUCUCUACCAAUGGCUACCAGUUCGUAUCUGCAGCUCCAGUUGUUCACCACAAAAAACAUCAGGCAGGACAUCAGGCAGGUGACUCAAAGACGGGAGGUGGAAGCUGUUCAAGUCAUGCCGAAGACCAGAAAAAGACUCUUACUGGGAGGACUCCAGCUAUGAAUGGACAGACGCUGGUUUUUGACAAUCCAUCGAGAACCCUCAACUUUGUUUCUGGUACUUGGCCUCCUCCUCCAGCCACAAGGAUGAGUGGAGAUCCUUCAGUGUUUACCCAUCAUCUUACGCAGAGGCAGCAGCUUUCUGGUCGGAGUAAAACGAUGACUCAUUCUCAGGCUGACUCUGUUACCGCCAAGUCAUCUCAGUGGAAAAACCUUGCAACCUCAUCUCUCACGUCGUGCAAUUCCUUAGACCUCAAGCAGUUCCAGUCUCAGCAGCAGAUAAGAACACACGGACAGACUCAGAUUUCUUUUGAAGCACCAUCAAAGUGGCAACAGAAAAGAUCUGGUGGUGGCUCUUCUUCUGCAGUCACAGGGUCUGCUCCACAUGAAAAAGCAGCAAAACCUAAGGUCAACAACAGCAAAGCCUUGCCGUUAUCACCUGUUACUUCUUCAGCUGCACACGCACAGGACCCGACAGAGAAUUCAGCUUCUGGCUCGACCCAAAAAAGCUCUCCAGUUUGUGGGAGGAACGUGCCAGCAAUCAUAACUUCUUGCCCUGGUCACCUUUCUGAGCUAAAGUACUAGUUUCAUCGAAGCUGGACGUAUGAAGUGGCCAUUUUUGCAGUGUAUAGCUUCUGAAUUAAGCUAAUAUAUAACACCAAGGGGUCGGUAUCUUCUUAUAAGGUUUAUCUAGAUUGUUUAAUGUAUUUUAUGGGGUAGUCGAUUUUCUUUCUUUAUGAUCGGUGUAGUGUACAUUCCAUAGACUUAAACAAAACCUUCAAGCAA